AAGCUGUAUUCCAAUCAUAAUCUAAGUAGAAAGAUGUCCAAUACAAAACAAGUGAAAGAGUUUUCAACACCAACUACUAAUGUAGUUCAAAUAGAAAGCAGUGUUGCUUUAAAGAUUAUUAAACAUGCUACUGACUACUAUCCAACACUUGUUUCUGGUCCAUUACUAGGUGUAGAUAAAGAUGAAACUUUAACUGUUUCUCACUCAUUUCCUUAUUCUAUAUACAACGAGUCGAUCGAAGGUUCUUCGUUCAAACUGAAGACCAACCAAAGAUUUCAAAAUGAAUUACUUGAAUUAUCAAAGAAUACUGGUGUUGCUGCUCAAUUUAUAGGUUGGUAUCAAUGUUCGGUUUCUUCAAACUUUUUCAAUAACCAUAUUAUCGAUUCUUUAUUAUCAUUACAAAGAAGCAACCCUAAUGCAAUUCUUAUUAUUCAUGAUUCAUCCAAAAUUAAUACUAAUUCUGUUUUAUCGUUAAGAGCCUUCAGAUUAAGUGAAGCCUUUUUAAAUGUUUAUAAAGCUGCAAAUAAUAGUACCAACAAGUUUAGCACUGCAUUGCUAUUAGAAAAUAACUUGACUCAUGAAAAUAUCUUUGAAGAAUUACCUGUUUCGAUUCAUAACUCUCACUUAGUUUCAUUGAUGUUACAUCAAUUAUUAUCUGAAAAUGAAUCAUCACUAAAUACUCAAGAUUACAAUCAAAUUUAUAAAAAUAAUGACAUUGUUUCGAACAGUUUUGACUCAUUAAGUUUAAAUAACUCGAAAUAUUCUACAGGAAUUAUAGAUAAAUUAUUUGAUUCAGUUGAUUCUUAUCAUUAUGAUUUAAAUAACUACAAUUAUUAUCAAAGACAAUUAUCAAGAGAAUUGCAAAAAAUUCAACAAUGGAAAGCCAAAUCCAAGAUUGAAAACGCUAAUAGAGUUAAAAAUGGUCAAAAGGAAAUUGAUUUAGAGAAUGAUUGGAAAUCAAUCUAUAAGUUACCAAAUGAACCACAAAGAUUUACAAACUUAUUAGUUUCUGCUAGCAUUACUGGGUUUUGUAAAGAUCUUGAGGUUAAUACAACUUCUGAAUUGAUUAAAAGUUUUGCUAUUCAGAAAGGUUUAGAUAUUUAAAAAAUGAAAUUAAAUUUUAGAUUAAAUUUUUCGGUUUUUUUAUCCCAUUAUUUUAUCUUAUAUUUUAUUAUCCAUAUGUUUUAAUAAAUUUCCAUUAUUUUUUUUUGCUUGAAGCGUGU